CCGCCCGCUCGCCCUAAAAUCCUCAAUUCUUUACGAGUAGGAAACGAAAAUUCCUUGACGUGGGUUUUUUAAUAUUUUCUUUUUUCCUCAAUAAAACCCACAGUUCCCUCUUCGGUUUGACAAGUCUAAGAGUAGUUAAGUAAGUAUUUAGUAGGUAUAUCGUUCUAGGAAGUCAGAUAACUAGUUGUUUGUUCGAGAAAUUUCAAAUGCCGAGACCCACAAAACAGUACAGAGAAACGCUUAUACCUGAUGUAUUCUAAACUAGCAUGCUUUAGCUUCAAUUGUUCUUUAUCAGCGUCUGAGAGUGAAUCAAAUACUACCGCUGUCCAAUCAAAUAUGAUUCACAAUGAUGCAUUGUAAACAUACUGUCAGUCUUGAUAAAAAGACUUAAAUGAUUUGCAGUAUCCAGAAGGAUUACCUAUCACUACGAGAAAGUGGCUUUCCGGCACACGGAAGGCGAUCCUUAUCAAGUACGUUGGUUGGAGUCAAGACAGUUAUAAGUCUGCUGUCAGCGUACAGCAAUAAAGCAUUUCGAACUGCUGCUAGAAUCUACCAGUUAUAAGACUCUUGAUGCUGUAACAUGGCUUCCAACUUUACCACAGAGCGAACUGCGAUGAAUGACACGUAUAUCGUUAUGCAGCAAGAUUCUACGCCCAUUCGGAUCCUCAAGGUCUUGGCAUGCAGUAUUAUCCUGGUUAUUGCUUUGGUAGGAAACAUCUUUAUAAUACUGGUUGUUCGGCAAAAGAACGCCAACAUGAAGAAGACUAUAAAUUUCUUCAUAAUGAACAUGGCCUUGUCUGAUCUGGUAGUUCCCAUAGUCAUAUUACCGAGAGUAAUUGUGGCAAAUCUCCUGGAUUCAAGCAUAUUCGUCACGUGGCGAGGAUCGGAUGGUAUUCCAGGCAACAUCUUGUGUAAGUUUGUUUUCUUCGUAUCAGAUCUGACGAUGGUCGUGUCGAUCUUGUCCAUCAUUUGCAUUGCUAUCGACAGGUUUUGUGCCGUUGUCUUCCCUAUGAAGCUAUCGCUCGUCACCUCAAGGAUUCGCUGGGGUCUUAUCAUUUUUACAUGGUUAUUCUCGAUAGCAUGUUUCACCCCGUAUUUAUACGGUUUCAAGCUUGUUGAAAUCCAUGGCGGGCAACAAGUUUGUACUUUGAUCUGGUCGGAAGACGAAACAGUGCACUUCAAGAUUCAACACACCAUUGCUAUUGUAGCUAGCAUUCUCUUCACUCUUAUCCCAGCAAUACUCCUGACCGUCAUGUAUACAGUGAUUCUAGUUGUAGCAAGGAUACAGAUAGUACCCGACCAACAGCACACUAACACAGCCGUCAACAGAAGACAAGCCAAUAAUAACAAACUUUUAAAACUGGCUCUUCUAACGGUGGGUUCGUUUGCAAUUUGCUAUGGUCCAUACAACGUGUUUUUGUUCUAUUUGAGUAUCAACUUAAAUUGGAACAUGGCCCAGAAAACGGAAAUCAGCACUUUCAAGUUCGUGGCGCAGUUUUUGACCUACGCUAAUAGUGCUUUGAAUCCCUGUCUCUACUUCAUCUUUAUUGAGAACUACAGAAGGGGUCUCAAGCGGAUCUUAAGGUUGACUCAAGAGCCAAAGAAUCGAAAUAUCCCUGAACUCACCUCUAGACUCACAUCUAGAGCAACGGGACAAUCUCGACUACAGCAAAGGUCAGAGGAGGAUCUCCUACGCACUCCCUUAAAAUCGGAAUCGCGACAAAACGGCUUGACACUGAACACUACUUCGAAUCUCGAUGCGGAACGCCACUAAAACCAAAUGGACAGAGAACAUCGAGUCUCUUUAACUCGGAUAAGAAAGUCGCGACCGACAAUAUCGUUUCACAGUUGUCGUGUAAGUUCGUCAUGGACAUCAAGAACCUUAAGAAAACAUUGCAAAAACUUGAAAAAGGGAAACUAAGAAGCGCAGCCGUCAAUCUUAUGUAUCUAUUCCCGAAAAGAUCAACAAGCGUAUACUAAAAAACGGCUGUUGACAAUAAAACUAAAAAAAUAUCAAAUAGAUUCAUCACUGUACUAAAAAGAUGAGAUUUAUUGCUUGAUCUAUCUUGUUCAUAUGCAUGCUAUUCGAUCGGAAUAAAGGGUUUAGGCUAUAUUUGUAUUCAUCGUUAAUAAGUCUUAAGGGCGUCGCCAGUAAGCGCUGUAAAGAAAACCAGCUGUGUCCGCCAUCACUAAUGAACAAAAAUGAUUAAAUUCGAAGCUACUUCCAGUCAAUAUUAGACUUCAUAUACAAAAUAGCCUCAGUGUCUUCUUUCAAACAAACUUGUUUGUCUGUCAAUGCUAAAGCUAGUCAAACCAAGAUAAAUCAACUUUGUAAUCUGUAGAUUUACUUGUUGUAAGGAUUCCAUAUGUAAGUCCAAUGGAAUACCUUACUUUGAAGAACUACUUUGACCAUGUAAAGAUACUAUGUCACUGUCAUAUGACACCAGCCAUAAGGCCUUGGAUUCAGUUGUAUUACGAAUAAGGAAGCUAAAUAAGAUUACAACACUAAAAUAUCUAUGAAUUUAUGUGUGAUAAAAUGUGAAGUUGGGAUUAUAUCAAGGGAAAGGCAGUUUUCAACAACUGAAGAUAUCAAAAGGUUUCAUUUGCUGGCACGAAAAAUAACUGUGAAUAUGAAAUAGUAUAUCUUGUUAAACUAUAGUAUAGUGACUUCCGAAAAGACAAAGCACUUGAAUUAUACAUAAUAAUAAACACCUGAAAAGUA